GAUGUGGCCAACGAUCAGAGGGGAAUGUCUCACUUUAAUUGGACCCUGGAAAACGGAACCAACUAUCACAUUCUGCGCACCGCCUGCUAUCCCUAUAUGAAGUACCACUGUAGCAAGAGGGAGGUGCAGGAUCUUUGGUUGGAGGACAAGUUCUUUCGCUUCCUUAAGGUGAUCAAUUUGGGCUUACCAAUGCUCUUCUAUGGACUGGCUGCCAUCCGUCUAAUUAGUCACACCGAGAUCGUUCAUGUCAGCGAGACGGUAAAAGUUCCCAUAUACUUUCUAUAUCCUGAGGACAAGGGCUCAAGCUUUUGAUUUGAUUUCCUAAACAGCAAAAUGUGAAAUGUGGAUAAGAGCCUUCUUAUCUAAAUAUAUGCAUAUUCAGUUAAAGUAAAUAGAAGAGAACACUGGAACAUCUCAUCCAUAUAUGUAUUUGUCUUUUUGAGAUAACUACACCUUGCA